CAAUCGGUGGCGUCCAAAAAGAAGCGGACAAAUUGAGCGAAGGCACUUCUUGUUAUGGAACUCAUUUGUUUUCCUAACACACGUUUUUUGGUUCAGUUUUUUACGUCGACGUUGAUGUGCUAGAUGAUUUAUCUUCGCAAUGCCGGCUCUUCCACAAAAUAAUUUGAAGGAACAUCUUGAACGGCACAAUGCUGCCCAGAACAAACUUUCGCUUUCAAAAGCCAAAACAGGAACUUUCUCCUUUAAGAAGAAGUCAGAAUGUGGUGUUAAUAAAGUUACGGUUUCAUCAAAGGUAACACAUCCAAACGCUUUAGCAAGCAGGAAUGUCAACAUUCCUUAUAGCAGCACUGUGUUUAAACCUCUGACGUUUUUAACCAAGCCUGAAAGAGAUCCAGCAAAAGCCAACAGUGUCUUGAGUGACAGCGGGUCGCAAACACACUCUCUGGGAUCAGGUGGAUCGUCCCAGUGCAAAUUCAGACCUCAGUCACCCGCAGAUCCUGCUGCAGGAGUCAAAAUUGCCAGCGCUGGAUUCAGUGGAGGUGGGAAACCUGUGCUGGAUGCCUCUUUAGGUAUCGAAGAAUGGGAUGAUUUCGAUGACUUUGAGUCCCCUGUCCAAAUAAAGACAAGCUCGCUGUCCAGCCCUGGGGAUUCAAGAAGAGCCGUUAGUAAGGAGGGUGCUUCCUCUGUGACUAAACAGGAUGUUAAGACUGAUACAGCUGACAAGGACAUUCGGAAAAGGUCUCCAUGUGCCAAGGCCUCUGGGGCUCUGCAAGGUGGGGAGUUAAUGCUAGGAGCAUCACUUCGCCCAAUAGGCAUGCAGGACACAUGGAGAGAGGAUGAUGUCACUGUAGUGAACGAGCAUCCAGCGUGUGAGAAGGAUCAGGGGGAGUCUGGGGUGAUGCCGGUGACGGGACACCCCUCCCUUCAUCUCAAGUCACCACUAAGCUACAGGGACGAGGCUGCAGCUGAGCCCAGGUCACCCGACAAAAAGACAGGCAACGGAAGUUCAGAGAUUGAUCCAUGUGUUAUAGAUGUCGAUGCUCCACCUGACAUUCCAGAAGAUAGAGACUUUAUUCCCCCUUCACCAGAGGGGUACUCAUCAAAGUCACCUUUUUGUUUUAGCAAAUCUGAUGCCCAGAACUCUAGUGACAUCAGCCAUGUGUCACCAAAGAGAUCCAGCUGUAGCCUAUCAGGGAACACCAAGAAGCCUUUCAUUUUUGAAGAGGGAAAAUGUGGAGGAUCAGAAAUGGGGGGACAGCUGUUCAGCAUCAUGGAGUCCAUCUGCCGACUUGUAGAUUCCAUCCCUGAGGAAGAGCUCAUAGCGCUGCCGUCUGGAACAGAGCUCCUGCUGCAACGAGCUCGCAGGAAGAAAUUACUCUCAAUGUCUGCUGACACUCCACUGAGAUGGCAAUCCAGCUGUGAAGCCACUUCGGCAACCAAACUUGACAGAUUUCGGGAAAGCGGCAAUUUUUUGUUUACCACUCCGCAGCAUGCACUGUCUGCUUCCAGUACGGGGCUUUCUGGGAACUCCUUCCAGUUCAGGGGGUCCUCGUCUGCUCCGUCCAUUGGUGACAACACAGUCUUCAACGAUUCUGACUGCUUUAUUAGCAGCGUUCAAACAGAAACUUCCAGAAGAGCUGCUUCACUGUCCAGCCUGACCAUCACAGUGGGAAAGGGGACGGAACCCACCCACAAAAGCUAUGGAGGCUCCCCUUUGGAUUGCAGCUCCGCCACACGCUGCAGCUUCCCCGCCGAUCAAACUCAUGAGUCUGAGAUGAACUCUACCCACUUCUGGUCCACAGAGAGGUCAGUGAGUAGCCCUGAGAGCAGGAUGGACACAAACGUCCAGGUUCUGGGGAGUUCUCACGCCUCAGCGGACAUGGACCCAGAUGAUAUCUUCAUCGACGACUUUGACAUUGAUGACUUUGACGAGUCAGACAUCCCAAAAUACUUUGAGAGUCCGCCGAACCAGCCGUCUAGGGCCACGACUGGGCCGAUAAGAGAGGGAGGGCCGACCAGGACGCCUCGGGAAAAGCAGUACAUGCCUCCCGCUUCAGCGGCAAAGCCAGGCAAGCUUCGCUCUCCAGAGCCCACGGCUCCAAACCCGGCCCACGACCGCUUCCGGGGCUUCAGCUUCCCCCACUGCGCCGAGAUGAUGAAGGUCUUCCACAAGCGCUUUGGCCUGCAUCAGUUUCGUUUUAAUCAGCUGGAGGCCAUCAAUGCCACGUUGCUGGGCGAGGACACCUUUGUCUUAAUGCCUACAGGGGGGGGUAAAAGCCUCUGCUACCAGCUGCCUGCGUGUGUCUCCCAGGGAGUGACUGUGGUCAUUUCCCCUCUGCGCUCACUCAUUGUUGACCAGGUGCAAAAGCUGACGACACUGGAUAUUCCAGCCACCAGUUUAUCGAGAGAUAGGAGUGACAGUGAAGCUGGGAAGAUUUAUAUGCAGCUGUCCAAGAAGGAUCCCAUCAUUAAGCUGCUCUACGCCACACCGGAGAAGGUGUGUGCCAGUGGCCGGAUGAUAAGCGCACUGCAGAAUCUCUAUGAGAGGGGCCUCCUGGCUCGCUUUGUCAUCGACGAAGCCCACUGCGUCAGUCAGUGGGGCCAUGACUUCCGGCCUGACUACAAGCGGAUGUACGAGCUCCGGCAGAAGUUUCCCAAAGUGCCCAUCAUGGCCCUCACGGCGACGGCGACGCCCCGCGUCCAGAAGGACAUCCUCAACCAGCUGCAGAUGAGCAAGCCGCAGGUGUUUACGAUGAGCUUUAACAGGGAUAACUUGAAGUACACCAUCCUGCCAAAAAAACCUAAGAAGGUCGAUGUUGACUGCGUAGAAUGGAUCAAGAAGCACUAUCCACGGGACUCUGGCAUAAUCUACUGCUUGUCACGCAACGACUGCGACUCGAUGGCAGAGAGCCUGCAGAAGGCUGGCCUGGCAGCGCUGUCCUACCACGCGGGUCUGAACGACGGCGACCGGGAGUACGUCCAGAGCAAGUGGAUCAACCAGGACGGCUGUCAGGUGAUCUGUGCCACCAUCGCGUUCGGCAUGGGCAUCGACAAGCCGGACGUGCGCUAUGUAAUCCACGCCAGCCUGCCCAAGUCUGUGGAGGGUUACUAUCAGGAGUCCGGCAGAGCCGGCCGAGAUGGCGAGGUCUCCCACUGCGUGCUCUUCUACUCCUAUACGGACGUCAUUCGCAUCAAGAGGCUCAUCACCAUGGACAAAGAAGGAAACCAUCAGUCCAAAACCAUCCACUUCAACAACCUCCACAGCAUGGUACAUUUUUGCGAGAAUAUAAUGGAGUGCCGAAGAAUACAGCUCAUGGCAUACUUUGGGGAGAAGAACUUCAAUCCCAGUUUCUGCAAGAACCAUCCGGAAGUCAUCUGCGAUAACUGUGCACGGCCCAACCAAUACAAGUCCAGAAACGUGACCGAAGAUGUGAAAAGGAUCGUGAAGUUCGUGCAGGAGAACUGCGAAAAGGUUGGAGCAAGAUACAGCAAAACUGCUCAGCAGAACCGACUGACUCUCAACAUGCUGGUUGAUAUUUUCUUAGGAGCGAAAAGCGCUCGGAUCCAGUCAGGAAUGUUUGGGGUAGGCAGUGCGUACUCCAGACUCAAUGCUGAGCGGCUCUUCAAGAAGCUAGUGCUGGAUUACAUCCUAGAAGAAGACCUGUACAUCACGGCUAACGGCCAGGCUGUGGCCUAUAUCUCACUGGGGCGGAACGCAGGCAGUGUCCUUAACGGCUUCAUGCAGGUGGAGUUCCAGGAGACAGAGAGUGCCUCCAGUAUCCGGAAGCACAAAGCUGCCGUGACCAAAGCAGUCUCCCAGAGGGAGGAGAUGGUCCAGAAGUGCCUGCAGGAGCUCAACGAGCUGUGCAAGAAGCUGGGCAAAAUCUUCGGGAUACACUACUACAAUAUAUUUUCUACUGGCACUCUCAAGAAAAUUGCCGAGACCUUGUCUGCCGACCCUGAGGUGCUGCUGCAGAUCGACGGCGUGACCGAGGACAAGCUGGAUAAGUACGGAGCUGAGCUAAUCGAGCUGCUGCAGAAGUACUCGGAAUGGCAGCUGCCAGUGGGGGAGCAGGGUGAGGGUCCCAGCGACGCCCAGGGCUGGAUCGACACAUCAUCCGGCCGAGUAGACGAUGGUGAGUAUGGGGGCGAUGAGGAAGGAACAUCGGGCUAUUUCAGAAGAAGAGCCGCCCGGGGACAGAAGCGAAAGCAGGCCUCCUGUUUCCGGAAGCCCAAGAGGCAGAGAGGAAGCUCUGCGAGCGGGCAGGCCUCCUCCAGUGGCGGUGACAAGCCCUGGGCUUCUUGGAGUUACAGAGGAAAGGCCAAAGCCAGGCCCACAAACACGGGCAGGGGAUGCGGGUCGCAAGCGGCAGCCUCUGCGGUGAGGAGGCCGGGCAUGAUGGCCCUGCCCACGCCCCGGUCCCACCAGCGGCCCUUCCUCAAGCCCGCCUUUUCACACCUGGGCUAGUGCUUCGCUAAGCCAUGCAGAACUUACCAGUCAGCUUCAGUAUUUGUAAAUACUUGUGAACUAUGUAUGUGUUUUACCAGUUUGUAUGUAAAGCUUUCUGAAUACUUUUUAAUUAAACUAAAAUUACAUUUU